GUCCCGUGGAACGCGGGCUUGGUGUUCCAGGUCAUGAUCCUGUGGUUCGCGGCUUUUUUGCUCGUCGGGCACGUCGGUCUGCCGUCUGUCGUCACGUGGUUGGGGUUCAACUGCCGCGAGCUCAGCGCGCGAGGACUCGCGUUGUACUCCCUCUCCGCGGACGUCGUCGAGAUGUUCGUCGGGCUCGGCGUGCUCUAUCAGUGUUUGCGGCCGUACUUCCCGCUCCCGAAGCGGUGGUUCCCGAUCGCGUUGAAAGGGCGGUGGUGGAUGGAGAUCUUACGCGGUUGCGUCGCGUUUCCCAUCGUCACCGCGACCGUGAACCUGAACAGCGCGAUGAUGCCGGUGUCGAGCGCGUCCUUGCCGAUGUCGCCGUGGGAGCAGGUGAUGAUAUCGAACGACAUCCUGUCGGUAUGCUUCUACAUCGGCGUCGUGUCCCUCGUCGCCCCGGUGUGGGAGGAGAUGAUAUUCCGCGGGUUCCUGAUGCCGUCGCUCACGCGGUAUUUCCGCAUGGACGUCGCGAUCGUCUUGUCGUCGUUUCUGUUCGCCGCCGCGCACUUCAGCAUGGAGAGGCUUCUUCCUCUGACCGUGCUCGGGAUGCUGAUGUGCGUCGUGUACAUUCGCUCGAAGAACAUAUUAGCGCCGAUCGUGUUGCACAGCCUGUGGAACUUUUGCGCGUUCUUCGAGAUC